GAAGAUGGAGUUCGUAGAUGGUAGAGAAAGUAGAAGACGCGACGCGACGCGAAGUCACCACCACCAUCGCUCGUUACCAUCACCACCAUCGCCAUCUCUCCCAUCCCCAAUCGCUCGUCACCACCACCAUCGCUUCUCAGAUCCGUCUUCACCGGAGUCGCCACCACCACCGUCACGCUCGUCAUAACCACGACUUAUCACUUCUCUGUCUCUCACUCUAUGUCUCUUAUUCUCUCUGUGUUUUUUUUUUGUUCUUGUUACAGGAAGCUUGUUCGUAAAAAAGUGGUCAUUGAUAAGGCGAAAAAUACAAGAGGGAUGACUCUGCCAAAACUAUGUCCUAGCGUUUGCAAGGUGGUGGUCGUGACUCGUGAGCAAGAGCUGGUGUUGUGCAGAGGAGAUGUCACGAACUUGUCUCCGUCUAGACUCACACGAAUGUUGCAGUCUCUACUGGAAUGCCAAGUGCAGCCUUUGAAGCUAAAACAUUGCUCUAUACGGCAGACUUUAAGACAAUCGUGCUUAAGUAUGGGUGUUGAGAUAAGUUAUCUUGUACUGAUUGGUUCCAGUCUUAAGUAUGGGUGUAUGUCCUCAAAUCAUUGUAUUUACCAACACUUGUUUUGUGUGCUUUUCAGAUACUGCGGAAGCUUGAGGAAAGUGGAAGAGACAGAUGAACCUUGAGGAAGGUCGAAGUGAAACAAGGAGCUUGAGGAAGACGGCGGCUUAGGUUUAGGUUUAGGGUUAAUUAGAUUUUGGUUUAAUGUGUUUUAAUUAGUUUUUUUUUUAAUAUG